GCAAUAAAUAGUUUAGUGCAUACUAAGCAUACAAGUUCUAACUGCAGAAUAUAUGGAGUACCAUACAGGCAUCUCUGGUAUACAUAAAUAAAUAAAUUAGUUCAUCCAAUAAUAAAAAGUGCAUAAUUUCUCUGCUCUGCCAAACGGAACACACAUGUACAUUUAACAAUGAGUCCAGUAAGAGGGCAAGUACACACGCACAAGAAACAGUGACUCACAAGAAAUGCUAACUCCUUAAAGAUGUUUAAAUCCAAGGUUAAAAUGCUGGGAUUGAGCUCAGUAGUUUUGACAGCUCUAUCACUUCUAGCUGUGAGUGAUAGAACAACAUUUGCUCAGCAUACAAUACCUGAAGAACAUUACGUAAAAAUGAAAACAACACUGGAAACUGAAAUUCAACAAAUGAAAUCUACAAUAAAUAAUUUAAACCUCAUGUUAAGAAUUUUAAGUAGAAAACUAGAUCUAAAGGAUAUUGAAGUCCGAGCACUUAGAGACAGUUUAGAUAAAACAAAGCAAAAAGAACAAUGGGAGCAUCAAGAACAGCCAUAUAAAAAGCCGUUUGAGCAAAAAUAUGAUGAAAAAACCAGACAUAGGAUCAAAAGGGGUGGUUGGGAUGAAGAUGAAUUAUGGUGCUACACAAAGAACGAUGAUGUCAUAAUGGACAACCCUGUAGGUUGGAACACACCUGACAGGGCAUAUAAGACAUUUCCUCCUGGGUUAAGAUUAUCUAAAUCAACUAUUCCAAAUGCAGGGAGUGGAGUCUUCACUGAUGUUUUCAUUCCAGCAGGGGUCUAUUUUGGUCCAUAUGAUGGUGAUAUCAUAUACAGGUGGGCCAACAACUAUAAUGAUGGAGAAUAUGCUUUCAAUAUCUAUAAACAUGGAAGAAUAAUAUUUUAUCGAGAUGCAGGUCCUCUAGAUAUGUCUAACUGGACGAGGUUCUUAAACUGUGGGCGAGAUUUCAUGGAGUUGAAUGCGGAGGCAGUGCAAUGCAGAGAGCAUGUAUAUUUCAGAACUAUCCAGGAUAUAAAGCCAGGUAGUGAACUCUUCUUUUUCUAUGGAUGGAAUUAUGCCAGAGAUACCCUGAAUAUGGAACAGGAAUUUUUUUGUAAAGGUUUCAAUGGAACAUUUCACCAAUCAAUUGCAUCAGAGUGGAUAUGUCAAUAAAAAUGAAGACACGCGAGUCACAUUCAGUUGGAAUAUGUG